AUGCGGAAGCAUAGCCUCGGUAAGAAGCAUCAGGACGCGGUCGACAACCAGCUGCGCGCGGAAGGCGCUAAGGUCGCGCAACGAAGCAUCGCGGUUUUCAAGAACGCGGACAAGGAGACGGCUCGGUUGAAGCAACUCCUGCUCACGGUACGGCUUCCGCGAGAUGACCCAGGCACUUACGCCUACAAGACGGUCACCAGCUUCAAGUUUCACUUCUUCUUGUUCUUCCUGGCAGAUGUGCUCAAGGAGCUCAACGAACUGAACCAGAAGUUUCAGCGGCGGACGGUGGACAUCACCCGUGUGACCGCCAUGGUGCACAACACGGCAGGAAGGCUACGUGCUCGCUACAUUGAAUACGGCGUGAACUACGCCGAGGAUAGUCACUUGCUGAGCCGCUUCCUGGAGGAGCAUGGCCCCACUUCCAAGAGGGAGGUGACGGUAUCAGGCACGGAUGGGGAAGGCAAUCCAGUCACCCACAAAUUCGAUCUUCAUGAGGAAGCAAUCAAGGGCCAGAAUUCCAAGGGCGACAUGGAGUCUUGCAUCUCUGUCACUUCCCUGUUUGCGCAGGAAGUGGUAAAGCACCUCCUCAAGCGGAUGGAGAGCCUUGAUUCGCUCAUUGGCGCGAAGCUGUUUCUUCCUGACGCUUACCCCGAUGGCCCUGCGAAGAGAGGGCGCGUCUGCCAGGAGUGGUUCCAGUCUCUUCGCGAGCUCUUCAAGGCGGACAAGUUUGUUCUGCCAGGUGUCAGCUGGAAAAGGGCGGCACGAGAACUCGUGCCCUUCACGCAGAUGAUGUACUCCCAGUACAAGGACCAGACGUUCCAUUCGAGCCUCAAGCACAUGCUGCGCAGCGAAGACUGGGAGUCUUCGUACCCCAACAUG